CUCACAGAACUGAGCAUUUCUAUCACUCAGCUGUAGCCCACUACCCGGGCCCUUGUGCUUAAAAAGAGGCAAACAGAAGCUCCUCCCUCUCCCAAACUAGUUUAAUUAGGAAAUCAGCCUGUUAAUUGAUUACCAGCACUACAAAAGCACUCUAAGUAACAGUGAAGGGUCAAGAACUUCAAGUGGUCUUUACAGGAGCUGAAGGCACAUCCUGAUCUCUCUCCAUAAGCCAGACUGUUGGAUUCUACACCAUGCUGUCCACCCAGCGGCACAGCACCAGCAUCCUGACCAGAAAGGAAAUCCUAGAAAAUGGGUUUUUGGCCGGGUCCUCCAGCCAAAGCUAUUCCUCUCCUGUUGUGAGUUAUUACAUGGACUCCAGCAGUGCCUCCAGACCGGACAUGUGGGAGCUUCCCGUGGACUUGGACAACACAGCAAGCGGCAGCUCUCUGUGUGUUGUCAAGCAGGCAGAGUCUCUGAGCAGCUGUGGGAAGCCUGACAGGCACAGCCUGACCCAGGGCAUGUCUGACCUCAGCCUGGUCUGCUUCUGCAAGGCCCACCAUGGCCAGGCUGCCCUGGAGCUGUCUGGCCUGCCCUGUGAGCACCCCAGCAGAGACUGCUGCCUGGGGAAURUGGCAUCACAGAACACCUCCACACCUUGCAAGAAUGACAAACACUCCAAACCAUCGGAGAGCCUGCUCUUCAAGAGCUCUGAGCUUGCUGGAGACCUCUCAGCCCUUGGCAAAGUGCCAGCACCYGGGUGGGAGAUCUCAGCAAUAAAAUCCUUUCUGGACACCAGCGCGUCCCUUGAUGUAAGCGCCGAGGAGUUAUGGAUACUGGGGUGCUCCAAGCCAGACGUGCCAUCCCUGGACACCUCUGUGGUGAUUCCUCUGGCUUGGCCUGGUGCCUUCAAGAAGCACCCCACGCUGAUCCACAGGUCUGCCCCCCUGGAGCCCCAGCCAAGUGAUCCUGACGCUGUCCCCRUGUUUCUGCACCAUGCUCUGUGA